UUGAAUUUUUAGUUUAAUCAAAUUGUUAAUUAAAUUUUUAUUUGUAAUUAAACAUUUACAUUUAAUUGGUGAAUUGUUUUACCAAGAUGAUUGUAUCAUAGAAAUUAAUAUUUAUUAGUGUAUAAAGUGAAACAAAAAUUUCAAUUUUCUUUUCUGCCUUCUCUUAUUUUUUCAUCUUUUUCUCUCUCUUCAUCUUCAUAUUGACAUCAGAAUAUAAAAGAAAAACAAUAACAUCAACAUUUUUGGUUUUCUUUCAGAUGAGUUUAACAAUUUACUAGUGAAUGUUAUCUACAAGACUUUGAGAAACACUUGGUAUCCUGUUUAUUUUUACCUAUAUUUAUAUAUACCGGGAAUCCAAUCUUCGAGGGAUUAACAACAUGUUGUUUAAUGAGAAAGUUUUAGAACUCGCUUUGAGUCAAAUGGGCCUUAACAUUGGUUGGCAGUCAAUGUCACAACAAUCCAUGAGAGUAUUACAAACUCUUGUUAUAAAAUAUAUUCAAGAACUUGGUAAAGCAACGAUGGGAUAUGCUAACAAUUGUAAUCGACAUACAGCUUUUCUUGGUGAUGUUAUUCUUGCCAUGAGACAGAUGAGUAUUAGUAUAGAGGAGGUUGAAGAAUAUAUCAAUGAAGUCGAUUGUGUUCCAUUUAUCAAAGGAAAUAACAUUCCACUUUAUCCUUGUGCUCCACCUAAGGGAUAUGUGAGGAUCAAUUUUCCUGGUCCAGAAGAAAUCGCUUCCAGGCCAGAAUAUAUGGAAGAAUGGUUACCCUCUUUAAACUUUGGUGAUAAAGCUGAUGAUAAGGAUGCAAAUAAUGGUAAUUCCGAUGAAAACAAUGGACAGGAAGGCCAUGCUGACGGAGAAAACGGUAUUGACGGUAAAAACGAUCCAAACGAUCCCGAAAGUGCAGCUGCUCAUGAAAGGCUGAACAAUCAUAUUCACCUGUCCUCUGUUUACCUCGACGAGGAAGGUAGAAUUGUUGGUAGAAAUGGUAAAGAAGGAGUUGCUCCCGAUAGUCGUUUACCUCCAAAGGAUGAUUAUGAAGAGAGACGUAUUGCCGAAGAAGAAGAAAGAAGAAGAAAAAUUUUAGAAGCAGAAGAAGCUGAAAAGAAGAGGAAACAAAAAAUCGAGGAGAUAAAAUUAAAACCAAUUAAAACCAUUAAGACCAAAUUGAAAGAUAAACCAUUUAGUAGGAUGAAGAAAACUGACUUAGGUGGACUCAAGAAAAAAAGAGGUCCACUAGGAUUAAAAGGAAACAUACGAAAAAAAUCAGCUCUUACCUUCAAAGUGUCUCUUUCUGGUCUACAAAGUGGUACACCCACGGCAAAACCAUCUCCAACAGUUACUCCUCGGUCUCCUCUUAGUUUCUUAAAUGACGACGAUGAUUUUGACAGUUCACAUAUCAACUCAAAAGAAAACAGUAAAACAACCAUUGACGAAGACACUAGUGCAAACAUUGACAAUACUAUUAACGAGGUUAUUGAAAGAUCUCGUUUACAAGACCUUGAACCUGGUGAAAUACCGGAAGACGAUUUUCUAUUCAACAAUCUGGAUGUGAAAAAUUCUAAAGUCAAGAAACCCAGGAAGAAGAUUAUCAGGAAAACAAAGAAAAAAGAUUCUUUCGAUUUAACUAUUGACAAUGUGGUUAAGACAUCUACCGAAAAUGAUGCUGUACCUCAUGAAGAAAAGUCCAAAAAAGACAAUGUGUAUACAUUUAGUGACGAAGUUAAUAAUGAUGUAAAAACUAAAGAGGAAUCGGGUGUUGAUGCCAAAGAAGCGGCUAAAAUUUUGGUCUCACUUUCGGAAGAUGUUCCAAAGAAGCAAAAGAAAAGUGAUUUAAAGAAAUUGAAAGUCACUUCACCGACACCAUCAAGUCCACCAAUUUUCAGUGGUUUUAAAGGAUCAAGCACAUCGUUUCCCAAAGUCGCACCCGGAAGUACUCCACUCUCACCCAACUCUAAUGCAACAAUGUUCGGCAAUCCAUUUUCAUCGCCCCUUCGAUCACCACCACAACCACCAAUACCAACACCUCCCUUAUUUUCAUCUCGAUCUGAUUUCUAUCAACUUGGUUCAUCACUUACAUCAACCUUUCAACCAUAUUCCAAUUCUGAUCAACCUCCUAAGCCGGCACUUAAAACACUGGCAGCCAAAAAAGCUCUACCGCCGAUCGAUGAAGCCCUUUUAUAAAAAGAGAAGAAGGAAAGAAAAAUGAAAGAAAAAGCCAUCAAUAAAAAGAAGGAUAAAGACAAGGAACGUGAAAAGAAGAAAGAGAAAGAAAGAGAAAAGGAACGAGAGAAGGAACAACGUGAAAAGGAAAAGGAAAGAGAACGAGAAAGAGAAAGAGAAAGAGAAAGAGAAAAGGAAAGAGAACGAGAAAGAGAAAGAGAGAGAGAAAAAGAGCGAGAGAAAGAAAGGGAAAGAGAAAUACGAGAAAAGGAAAAAGAAAAAGAAAAGGAAAAAGAACUUGCAAGAGAGAGAGAAAGAGAAAAGGCCAAAGAGAAAGAACAACGAGAAAAGGAGAAACUUAAAGCAAAAGAAAAAUCUAAAAACUUGGACGAAAUAAAAGAGAGCAAAAAAUCAAAGAAAUUGAAAAAGAACAUCGUAGAAGAGUCUUGGUUGGACUUCGACAAAGUGGACACCAAAUUAUCGAUAAAAGCGUUUAAUCGACGUGAAGAGUCACCCGUUCGUGAUGCAGUUUCUCCAGCAUCAUCAACAUCUUCUCAUAGAUUAGUUAUUCGAACCCCACCAUCGCCAAGUGAGAAAAAAGAAUCAAAGAAAAAGAAACAAAGAACCAAUUCAUCGAAUGCAAAUGAUGAACCACCUACUAAGAAGGCGAAAACAACAUUAUUAAAAGAAAAGGUCAAAGAGAAAGGUAAAGGUAAAGAAGACAAGAAGAGCAAAGAUAAACUGAAAGACGACGUUUCCUGUGUACUAAUUACGGAGACAAUUACAAGAGAGGAGAGAGGUCGCCAAGAGGAAAAAGAAUGGCUCUGUCCAGUUUGUAGUAUUCCUUACGAUGGAGCGGGCAACAUGAUUGGAUGCGAUGGUUGUGACGAUUGGUACCAUUGGACUUGUGUAGGAAUUAAGGAAGAUCCUGGCGAAGAGGAAUCUUGGUUCUGUGUUCGUUGUAUUCAAAAACAAAAAGUAAUCGAAACUAAAGUAAUCAAAAAGCCAAGUUCAAAAUCGAGUAGAAAAGAUUGGUCAUGUCCCAUUUGUCGUGCCAAUAAUCCCAAUGAACCAAUGGUAGGAUGUGACAAAUGCGAUGAAUGGUAUCACUAUUGUUGUGUUAAUUUAAAAACCGAACCAGCGGAAGAUGAGACAUGGUAUUGUCCACCCUGUUUACCGAAAGCCGCACCGAUAACAACACCGACCACAAGUAGCACCCUGAAAGGAGGAGCGGGCUCAUCUAGCGGGGGUGAAGGUGGUCGUUCGAGUGGUACUUCGAGCAAGAAUAAAAAGUCUAAACAAUCAAAAGCCGGCCGACCACCGAAAUCAGAGAAAAUUGAUAAAAAGGAUUCCCAUAAAUCAUCAUCUUCAUCUUCAUCAACCGCUUGGUCUUGUAGAGUUUGUAAUAAAUCAAAUAGCGGUAAUUGUAUUGCCUGUGACUCGUGUGACCAGUGGUUCCAUUGGCCGUGUGUCGGUAUUGUCAUUCCUCCGAAAUCUGAGGAUUCUUGGUACUGUGAAGAUUGUAUAAAGACACAAUAAUUAACUUAUAUUAAAACUAUAUAAUAAACCUCAUGGUUUAACCACAAAAUUUAUACAUUA